GCCGAAUCGGGCGAAAAGCCAUCAUGGCGGACAAGAUCGCGCAGCUCCGGGCGGAUGGGAUCCAGAAGCGGUUGGUGCAGGAAGGCCGGGGACCGGUGCCUGAUUACCAAGACGGUACCAAGGUUACUUUCCACUAUCGCACAAUGCUUUGCAGUUCAGAUCAGAAAGUACUAGAUGACAGUCAUGCCCGGGACAAACCUAUGGAGCUGAUCUUCGGCAAGAAAUUCAAGUUGCCUGUCUGGGAAACCAUCUUGCACAGCAUGCAGGAGGGCGAGGUGGCUGAAUUCUUGUGUGACACAAAGCAUGUGGUCUUAUAUCCAAUGGUAUCCAAGAGCCUGAGGAACAUUGCAGCUGGGAAAGAUCCUCUGGAGGGACAACGACAUUGCUGUGGCAUUGCCCAGAUGCACGAGCAUCAUUCGCUGGGUUACCAAGACCUUGAUGAGCUCCAGCAGAACCCCCAGCCCCUCAUCUUUGCCUUUGAAGUGCUCAAGGUGGAAAGGCCUGGCACAUACCGACAAGAUCCAUGGGCUAUGUCAGACGAGGAGAAGAUGAAGGCUGUGCCCCUGAUCCACCAGGAGGGCAAUGAGCUCUUCAAGGACGGCAAAGUGCAAGAGGCGGCUGCCAAGUACUAUGAUGCAAUUGCUUGCCUUAAGAACCUGCAAAUGAAGGAGCAACCAGGAUCUCCGGACUGGAUCCAGCUGGACCAACAGAUCACUCCUUUAUUGUUGAAUUAUUGUCAGUGUAAGCUGCUGAAUGAGGAGUACUAUGAAGUGCUGGAUCACUGCUCUUCUAUUCUGAACAAGUAUGAAGAUAACGUCAAGGCCUAUUUCAAGAGAGGCAAGGCUCACGCAGCCGUCUGGAACGCAGCUGAGGCUCAGGCCGAUUUUGCCAAAGUUUUGCAGUUGGAUCCAUCGCUGACCCCAGUGGUAACCCGGGAGCUGCGCAACUUGGAGGCCCGCCUGCGUGCGAAAGAUGACGAGGAUAAGAUCCGUUUCAAAGGCAUCUUUUCCCAGUAGUCCUUGGACCUG